UAUUCAUGUGGUAAAGUUUUGUUGUUGAGCGACAGUCAAAUCCGGCGAAGGUGAAGCCGCCAAGAUAUUUUCAUUUCCGUAAUUGUUCACAUAAAAGUUAACAGAUAAAUUCUUUCUGAUACGUAAAAGUUAAGGACCAGUAUAUUAUCAAAAUGACGAUCGGCAAGAAUAACAAGAUGUUACAACAUAUUAAUUACAGAGUCAGAAUUAUUCUUCAAGACUCUAGAACAUUUAUUGGCACGUUUAAAGCUUUCGAUAAACAUAUGAAUCUUAUACUUGGAGAUUGCGAGGAAUUUCGUAAAAUUAAACCAAAAAAUACGAAGCAACCAGAAAGAGAAGAUAAACGUGUGCUAGGUUUUGUACUCUUACGAGGAGAAAAUAUUGUUUCUCUAACAGUAGAAGGUCCUCCACCCCCAGAAGAAGGACUGCCUAGAGUACCUAUUCCUGGAGCAGCUGCGGGACCUGGUAUGGGUCGUGCAACUGGUCGUGGUAUGCCUGCUAAUGUUGCUGGAGUACCUACCGGGUUACAAGGACCUGUCAGGGGUGUUGGUGGCCCGUCGCAACAAAUUAUGACACCAGGCGGUAGGGGUCAGGUUUCAGCACCACCACAGAUGCAUCCUGGUGGUCCUCCACGUAUGCCAGUUGGAGGUCCUCCACCAGGAAUGAUGGGCCCACCACCGGGAAUGAUGGGUAUGCCACCAGGAAUGCCACCCAUGGGACGUGGAGGACCACCGAUGGGUCCUCCUGGAAUGAGAGGACCACCUCCUGGCAUGAUGAGAGGCGGACCACCUCCUAGACCUUAUUAAGAUCUUUUAAAAUGUACAAUCGUGUUUACCAAUAAAAUAAGCUUCUCUUUCUACAUGACAAA